AAGGCGUCUCAUCCAUUACUGCCGUGGCAGUUGGACUCUUGCGACUGGAUUGCUGCUUGUCGCCGCACUUUUGUCUACAUGGAAGCCAACGGCGCCCAGGGAAAUGCGGCCCUUUUGUCACAUCGCCUGACCUUGCAGGUCUUGUGCCGGUCCGUAGCUGCUUUUCAUAGCGAGAGCAAAAGGGAUGCAUAUCUUCCCCCUAUACUGGACCGCAAUGCCGACUAUUCCGAGCCGGAAGUAUCGGGGCUCGUCAAAUUUGAGGAGCUCUGUAAGAAAGAGCUCGCUCACCACGACUACCUUUUCGAAGCUGAUCGUCCGAUCGACAACCUCUCGAGCAAUACAUCCUUCCUCCUGGCCGUCUGGAAGGAAGUUCUGUCUGCUCCCAAACCAGUCACCGCAAUCAACUUGAACGUGAGGACCAUAACGGAUGUGGCCGCAUUCAAGAUCGACGUCGUUUCGGCCAACGGUAAUUGUUGGCACAAAAUCAAUUCUAUAAGAGCAUCUCGCGUGCUAGCGGAGCUACAAGAGAGCGAGAUCACAUCGCAGGAUCAACCGCGAGAACAAUCAGAAAACAAGUAUAGGCACAUCAGUCUAGUGAAACAAUGUCUCGAUAUGCGAGAGGCCGCAAGGAGCCACAGCGCGGCCAUGGGAAACGACGUCUGCCUGACCUACAGGCUGUCCCGAAUGGACGAACAAAACGAAGACCCUCGUAUACAGGCGAUGUAUGAGUUCAUCAAAGGGCUAGAUAUCGACUUGCGAUUCGGUGACCCGGAGGACGCACCAUCAGCCGCAGGGGAACCUAGCCGAGUACAGACGGUAGCAUCGUUAGAUUUGAACCUCGACCUCAGCCUUCUCAUCGCUCUGCUCUCAGACAUUACCCAUGCGGAUUUACCCGAGUCUGAUGAAGAGGCAGAAGCUAGGUAUCAGCCGGUACCCAGGAUCUGGAAACGCGCAACAUCUCGUACGGAUGGCCAUGUGACUGAGGACAGGCCGGCUACGGAGGGCGAGCUUGGUACCGAGGAGCAUACUCGAGCCCUGACGGUCCAACUCAAGCAAGAGGUUCGAUCGGGCUUGGUCGACGAGCUCAGCGCGGCCAUCGAUACGAUGUGUGAGGUUCGCAGAGUGUCUCCCGAGGAUGUGCGAUUUUGGACAACACGGGAAGCCAUGGAAAGGUGUCACGAUAUCGUCAGGAAGAUUGCCGGUCCCCGCGAGGCCUAUCGGGCGGGACACAUGUUCAGCACACAAGACCUAAAAGGUGGACUUUCACCCUUCUGGGCAAUGUCUCGCCACCAGCCUCUCUCUGGACCGCUGCGCACUUUUAGCGUGGGGGUGCUCGAAUCCAGCGACAUCGAUUCUGUGUCGCCCCCGUCUCGGUCCUUUGCGAAUCGGCUGAUGGCCACUUGCGGCCGCAUCUUGGAUAGCGAUGGCUCCCAGGGCAUGAUCGAAAGAAAAAAGACCACAAGGCGCACAUCACCCCCACCAAAAGUACCCUCACCUCACACGACUAGGAGCAUGCUCGCCGGAGCGUCCCGUGGCAUGACGACGGUAACAGCAAAUCGUAUGAGCGUCAAGCAGAUUGUACGAAACAUGGGGGGUUUACAAGGGUUGGAGCAAGGCAAAGACCUCGCUUUUCAUGUUGUGAAUCCAAAGACUUUGGCCGAAGCAAAACGGGCAGAUAACGCCAUGAAACCUAGUAAACAGGGUGGUGAGGAGGUUGAGAGCCUGCAAAUCGCCGCUUUCAUGAUUACCGAGCCGCGAAGUCUCUCUGAAACCUUUGAAGAUCAGGCUUGAUGAGGUUGCAGCGGUAUUGCAUUGUCGUUGAAAGGGGAAUGUUUAUACGGCAUGAUCGCUAUCUUAUGACAGCAUGACAGCGCGGUUGAACUAGAUAUGAUGCUCACAAGAGACCAGCGCGAAGGGGGCGACGCACACGGUCGCGGCCAGAGUUUCGCGGAGUGUGCAACUGGCAACUUGAUAGCUUGAUAGUCCGAUCCGGUUUUGUACGUUACCGCUACACCAUUGUUUGGAUACUACCACGUCC